UGGAGAUGUUUCAGAAAGGGAAGACUCUUUGCACCAAAAGAGGUCCCCCUCCCCUCCCAGCGGGUGAGACAAAGAUGAAGACACAAGCUACAUGGUCUGAAGGAGAAAUUAACAACUGAUCGUCAGGGAGAAAAGAAAAUAAUAAUUGCAGUUUCUACCAAGUGGGAUUUUGCAGUCAUAAUUCCUAUGGCCACAGAAAGAUCCAGCGGUGAGGGAGCUUUGCAAAACUCUGCAAGAAGAGGCAGAAAACAGGGAAGCCGGAGAAGGACCAGAGAUCAGGAUCCAGACGUUCGCCUGUCCAAAGCUCUCUCAUACGCCUUGCGCCACGGGGCAGAGAAGCUGGGCCUACACAUGGCCACUGAUGGCUUUGUCGAUGUGGUGGAGAUUCUUCGAUUGCCCCAAUUUAAGGCCUGGUCCGAGGAGGACGUGCAACGGGUCGUGGAGACAAAUGAAAAACAGCGCUUUGCUCUGGGGCGACAUCCAUCCAGUGGACACCUCCAGAUCCGUGCUAAUCAAGGGCACUCACUACAGGUUCCCGAGCUGGAGCUGACUCCACUGCAGACCCUACAGGAUUUUCCAGAGACUGUGGCUCACGGCACACUUCUGCGCUACUGGCCAGCAAUUCGUCAGAAUGGCCUGUCCCAGAUGGGGAGAACACACAUCCAUUUAGCCCCUGGAUUGCCAGGGGAGGGGGCCAUCCUAAGCGGAAUGAGAAACCGUUCUGAAGUGGCCAUAAUCAUUGAUAUUCCCAAGGCUCUGGCUGAUGGAAUCUCUUUCUUUCGCUCAGCUAACGGAGUCAUCCUUACCCCCGGCAAUGCAGAAGGGGUGCUGCUUCCCCGCUACUUCUGCAGAGCAGUACAGCUUCAGCCUCAGCGCGGCCUACUGCCUCUUGAGUGACCAGUCCUGAUAUGGACAUCUUCCUCUCCUUCACUUCAUCUGAGAGACAGCAAUUUAUAACACGUGUGUGUGUGAACAUAAAAUUAAACAAGAAACCUCUGUAUGUAAUUAGA